AACAAUGAAAAUCCAAUCCCCAAUCACAUUCCAAACAUUUUGAGGCCAUUUUGAUUUUAAACAUCAACGAUAUCUCCAAAAUCAAACUCAUUAUAGAUAGAAAAAAAUGGAUCCAUUUAGAGGACAAGGUGGCAUUCAAAUGCUACUAACUGCAGAACAAGAUGCCCAACAAGUCGUAUCCACAGCUAGAAACAUGAAGAUGGCGAGACUUAAACAAGCUAAAGACGAAGCUGAAAGAGAAGUUGCCCAUUAUCGUGCUCAUUUGGAGGCCGAAUAUCAAAAGAAAGUUUCUGAGUCAAGUGCUGGGUCCUAUACACAAAGGCUGGAAGAGGAAACCAACGUUAAGAUCGAUAAUUUGAAGGAAUCAUCCGCAAGAGUUUCAAAGGAUGUUGUUAAUAUGCUUCUCCAAUAUGUUACAUCUCCAAGAACUUAGAACAAAGAUGGUAAUUCCUAAAAAAAGAUCUUUUAGUUAUUAAAAAAAAUCAAUCGAAAAGAACUAGGGAAAUAUAUUUUGAAGUAAAGUUAAUGCAAUAUAAUUGGUCUAUGUUUGUUCACAUGGCAACAGAAGAUUAGAAAAGCGUACGUACGUGGAGAUGGCACCAUGCAAUUCUUUUCAUUCUUUUUUCUUUGUAAUUCAUUAUUUAUUGUGAUCACUCAAUAAUUAUCUGUCAUGAGUCAUGACACGUUUGAAUGUGUGUUUCAGAUUGUUUUUGUUCAAAUAACGUGCCUUAUAUAUGUGUGUAUACAUACAUAUACAUGCAUAUAUAUAUAUACAUACCAAAUAUAGCUUU